GCUUCACCACGAGGGACAGAUCCAUGUCUGCUUCUUCCUCCACUAAUCCCAUGUCCCGUGAGGAGGCAACACUGCUUCCGUCUGUUCAAGACAAGUACGGUGGCGUGAUGACGGAGAUGACUCACCCCAUGGAUCCUUCUCUCUUCUCCACACUUCUCCGAUCCUCUCUCUCUACCUGGACUCUUCAGGGCAAGAAGGGAGUGUGGAUCAAAUUGCCAAAGCAGCUUAUUGGUCUUGCUGAAACUGCUGUUAAGGAGGGAUUCUGGUUUCAUCACGCGGAGAAAGACUACUUGAUGCUUGUGUAUUGGAUUCCCAAAGAAGACCAUACCCUUCCUGCCAAUGCAUCUCACCGUGUUGGCAUAGGUGCCUUUGUCAUUAACCACAACAAAGAGGUGCUGGUGGUUCAAGAGAAGACAGGGAGAUUUCAAGGCCAAGGUAUCUGGAAGUUCCCCACCGGAGUUGUGAAUGAGGGUGAAGACAUCCAUGAUGGCUCAGUCAGAGAGGUGAAAGAAGAGACCGGAGUGGAUACAGAAUUCGACCAAAUAUUGGCCUUCAGACAAACACACAAAGCGUUCUUUGGAAAGUCAGAUUUGUUCUUCGUGUGCAUGUUAAAGCCCCUUUCUUUGGAGAUCAAUGCACAGGAGUCAGAGAUUGAGGCAGCUCAGUGGAUGCCUUGGGAGGAAUACAUAAAGCAACCAUUUGUACAGAAUUAUGAGCUAUUGAGGUACAUGACAGACAUUUGCUCUGCUAAAACCAACGGAGACUACGAAGGUUUCACUCCUCUCCGCGUCACCGCACCUGAUCAACAAGGCAACUUGUAUUACAACACCCGCGACUUACAUUCGCGCAAUUGACCUUCUUUCUCAACAAACAGAGCUUUCCUCACAGAUUCUAACGAAGCUGGUUUCUUUGCUGCCUCUCUAUGUAAGCAUUUUGACUUUUGAAUCACUACAUAGCUCUCACCAAAACAUAAAAGCAUCCCAAAUGAAAACAUUUGCAUUCA